AUGGCCCGUCCCCCGCGACCGCCCAUGCUGUCAUGGUCCAGCAUCUUCACGCAGAUGUGGCCGCCCAAGCCACCGUUCACUGAGAAGGACGUGCCGGAUUUGCACGGCAAGGUGUACAUCGUCACCGGCUCCAACACAGGAGUCGGCAAGGAGCUGGCACAGAUCCUGUACUCCAAAAACGCAAAGGUGUACAUCGCAGCCCGCUCCGAAGAAAAGGCCAACCGCGCCAUCGCCGACCUCAGAAAAGCCUGGCCAAACUCCUCGGGCGACCUGGUCUUCCUGCGCCUGGACCUGGCCGACUUCAACCAGAUCAAGUCGGCCGCAGAGCAGUUCACAGCCAAGGAGACCAAGCUGCACGUCCUCUUCAACAACGCCGCGGUCCAGGCCCUCGGCGACAGCGAGGGCCAGACCAAGACGGCGCAGGGCCACGAGCUCCACCUGGGCGUCAACGUGCUGGGCGUAUUCCUCCUGACGCGUCUCCUCACCCCGGUCCUCGCGGCGACCGCGGCAGCGGAGCCGGCCGGGUCCGUCCGCGUCGUGUGGGUGUCCUCGAUGGGCACCGAGGCCGUCGGCGAGAAGGGCCGCGGCAUCUCGGAGGACUACCUCUCGUACUGGCCGUCGCUGAUGCCGCUGGAGCGCUACGGCGUCAGCAAGGCCGGCGCCUGGCUGCACGGCGCCGAGUUCGCGCGGCGCCACGCCGCCGACGGCAUCGUCAGCGUCCCCUGCAACCCGGGCCACCUGCGCUCAGACCUCUACCGCGAGAGCGGGUGGCUGUUCAAGACGGCCAUCAGCCCUGUCCUCUACCCGCCCGUGUUUGGGGCUUAUACGGAGCUCUUCUGUGGGCUGUCGCCGGCGAUCACUGUGGGCGAUAGUGGGAAAUGGGGUGAGCUAGUCCUAAACCCUGUGUAUUUUCUCGGGUGCGAUGCGUGA